AAUUUACAACUUUGACAAAUAGAAAGCUAAGGAUUUACAACAGAUAUUUUAAGAACACGUGGCAGGAGUCCAUCACAGGUAUCACGUGGCAGCGCUCGAUCACAAUUCACAGGUAUCCAAUAAUAGAAAAUGUUCUAUUCCAUAAACGGAAAUUAAAACCAAAAUAAACCUAAAAAAUCUUGCCCAAAGAUUCACUUGUCCAUCCGACCAACCACGCGUCCAUAUCGUAAAAGCACCAAUUUGAUCUCUUUCACUCGCACAAACUCCACGUCGUUCACCUACCCUUCUAAUUGUUGUCGUGAGUGAGAGCCCGUCCACGCGAGAUUGCGCGUCACGCGGUGUGUCUCGCGUGAAAGCUUUUAAUGUUACUCUUUCGCAAACCGAAUUUUGAUGUUCUUCGCGAAUGGAAGACGACCACGUAUUUGAUACCUCGAACCUCCCCAAAGGGCAACAGCAGUACGCUAUGCUCGAGGCAGCCCCACGUCGACGUCUGCUUUUGAAAGUGGCUGACACAUACUGCUCUCUCAUUGGAUGGGAGGGAGGGACAUGAGUUCUAGUGGGCCCCACUAGGGGUGAAAAGGAUUUAACCACUUGGAUCCCGUCGUUGUUUCGGAGCUGUAACCCUAGCCCAUGGUGGGGAAGGGGCGUUGGUGGUACAAGUCUUUACACGCGCUUCCUCUCGCGUGUCGUUGUUACUACUUCUGCCUGCCGCCUAUUAAUAUAAUCAUCGCUAUUCUUAGCUUCCAAUCCGACGAGAGAGAGAAAGUAGAGAGAGAGAGAGAGAGAUUGUGUAAAGGUUGUUGAUAUGGAGGGCGGAGAACGGCGGCGGAUGCUAAGAAGAGAUGGUGGGGGGCAGGAUGCGCCUGCAAUCGUGAACCCGAACAUGCUUAGAUUUCGGCCGAUUGCACCGAAACCGGUGACGAACAGAGCCGGAGAGGUUGGUAAUAACGAAAACUCGGUUGCGAGUAUUUUGACGAGUGCAAGAAGAAAGAGAAAGUACGUUAGGGUUUCCAAGAAUAAUGUAUGUAGGGCGAAGAAUAAGGAUCCUCAGCGCGUGGUGACGACUCUGCAGCUCUUGCCGGAGAAAAACGAUAACAACGGCUCAUCGAACGGUGAAUCUUGGCGUCCGUUAGAUCCUACGGUGACGGACAAUAAUAACCAUAGAAAUAACAAAAAUAGUAAUCCUACUGGUAAAGAAGAUGAGGGCUUAGGCCUAGGAAUUCCCAUGUGGUUGAGGAAUUACAUGGGUGGUGGAGGAGGAUCAGAUCCGACGGAGGGGAUGCGGCAGAUGGUGGCGGUGGAGUCUUGGGUGACUGUGGAGUGCGUGACAGGCACAUGCAUGAAUGUGCAAGGUACGUUUGGAAGUUUUAGGAGUAGGGACGCCGAGAGGAUGAAGAGUGAUCUGGAGGGGGACACGUGUCCGGGUUUUAUAUCGGACGGUCAGAACAGGGUGCAGUGGUUGAACGGGGCGUUUAAGAGGAUGGUGAGCCAGCAGAAGCGCGGGGCGGAGAUAGCGGUGUGGUUGGUGGUGAAGGAGAAACUGCCGUACGCGGAUGCUUCAGCGUUAAUAACAUGCCAAGUAAAGCUGCAGUACACGGUGGGUAAGGAGAGGUGCUCUCGAACUGUGCCUUGUGAUUUGUGGAGAAUGGACGAUGGAGGAUUUGCAUGGAGGCUCGACGUUAACGCUGCUCUCACUCUGGGCCGUUGAUUUGAAGUCGUUUGUAAUCGUAUUUAUGGAUACGAUUAUCAGUAGAUUAUGGAAUGGAAGCCUACGAUCUCAGGUAAGAUAAAGAGAGACUGCCCUAUUCUUUCUAUCCUGCCAGUAAUGCCAACUUUAGCCACAGUCAUCUCAUCUACAUCUAACCCUUUAAAUUAAGGGGCUUUUAGAUUCAGGUCUAAAAACAUAAAGUGUUUUUAGGAGUGACUCCAAUUAUCUAAUUAUAUGUUUUUAUUUCUUUUA